GGUGACAGCUGAGGAGGUCGCUGUAAAGAUGGCGCUCUCCACUGGGCCAGUAGCUGGUGUGCUUGGGUUGUUCGUACGAUGUUGUUUGCGUGUUGAACAGAGUGUUCUGCUAGCGCUUGGUUUACAGCCUCCGUCCCCAGCCCUAGCAGUUCAGGCUCCCUCCUCCUACUCAACUGAAGAAACAAAUUCAGCUGAUAAUGAAACUUCUCCCAGUUUUCUGGACAGCAUAUUUUGGAUGGCAGCACCUAAAAGCAGAAGGACAAUUGAAGUCAAUCGUUGCAGGCGAAGGAAUCCUAAUAAACUUGUAAAAGAGAAGAACAACAUCGACGUGUGCCUUGAAUGUGGACACCUAAAACUAAAACAUGUGUUGUGUCCAUUUUGUUAUGAGAAAGUUCGCCAUGAAACCCACCUCAUCCGGGAUGCUAUAAAGGAAAAGGAAGGAGGACCAUUCAAAGCUCCAACCGUAGAGAGUGUAGUUCUCUAUGAAGGGGAAAAGCCACGUCCAGAGGAUGAAGGAAAAAGAAUUCUAGAAAGAAAUCGCAAGCGCCCAUCAUGGUUUACUUAUUGAGCGCCAGUUAUUGAACUUCAGUCAACUAAAUGAACGUAGGAAAAAAACUGUAUACUUUGCUGAAAAUUCAGCAAAAAAAAACAAACAAAUUACUUUUCUCAAACUUUUCACUUGCCUUUGUUGUUAUGGGAAGACUGCUAUAAUGUUGUUUUGUACUGUAAUUGGAUCAGACACCCUAUAUAAGAAAAUAAAAUAUGCUUUCUAUUUCUA